AUGACAAUACCAGAACCCCAUACUUGCGAUCUUCCCGACAACGCGCUAGUGUGGUAUCGGCCAAUCUCAGAUAAGAUUGUGUCUCAUCUCAAUUCCGAAUUAAGUCAAAGCUCAGGGCUCACAAAUUUCGAGUACAAACGUAAUGCGUCUAAUUACGCAAAGUUCGAUACACAUGUCAAUUUUGAAGUACUGAAAGCCGUUCAAAGAUGUGGCAGACGAAUGAGUCAAGGGGAAAUUCUUUUGGAUAGAACUCCUGAUCCACCAUCCAUCCCUCUCUACGGAACUGCUGAUAUCGACAAUUUCGAGAUUCACACUAUUCCAGGGAUAUCUUUCACAAUACAAAAUAACAAUGGCGAUCCCGUCGAAAUCAACCUGAGCUGGCUUUCAGCAAGACCAUGUCAAGAGACUGCUGAUGUCACCCAGGACCGCCUCGUGCAGCAGAACUCUUCGUCUUUCCCCUUGGCUGUGGGCAACUGCAGACCGAUUAUGGAAAGAUCGCAUCCUAUACAGCCGGAUAGCCUCGACUCUACCUCUCUCAUUUGCUCGUCCGGGUGA